GCAGGCGGAACAGAAGGUCUAUCGAAGAAGAGGACUAUAAUUGAGGAAAACACUACUAAAGUGUUACUAUAGUUUGUAUUUCUUCGUAGAAUUUACAUCUCUUUGUCGUUCUGUUCUGACAGUCCGUUGAUUGACUUUCGGUUGGACAUUAUUGUAAUUUCGCUUUCGCUGGCUGACUGUUCAGGUUUGUACGAUAAGGUACUCUCGUUUCGCCCGGAGGAACCUUGAAGCUAACAGCUAACAUUAGUCCUGUGUUAAAAAGCAGAAUGGCCUUCUUGUCGACGUUUGAUAUGGAUUUUUCCGACUCCUCCAGUGAAAUGCGCUCCAUUUUUUCGACAUGUUUUACCAAUUCCUCUCCCCGAAAGAAGGCCGACCAUUCUCAGGAUAACGUUCAGCAAAGGGACACUACAAGCUCUGUAGCCAAUAUGGGUGAUACUGUUCUCUGGCUUUCAGUCGUAGCUAACCGGUAUGUUGUUCCUGCGGUCUAAGCGAAAAUGGACUCUAAGGAGAUUUGAAAUUCAGGACACUCUUCUGUUAUUCAUGGACAAUGUUCUGGACUGCACAUUAAUGAAAUGACUUGUGUUGCCAAAUUACGAGUAGCUAACAUUUAGCAAAAAGUAAUCCGCGCACGAUUAUUUCCUCUAGGUAACUUGUACUGUCUCAGUUCUGUAGUUAGGCUAGAACGCUAAGGCUACCUAUUUUGGUUGAGUUGAGCUAACCAGAGUAAUUACUUAAUCAUAACUAACAAGAGGUAACUCUAAUUAGCGCGAAACAGUACACAUUGCCGUACUUUAUGUUGAAUUACCGUAUAAGAUCAUUAUUUCCCAUUAUAGUGUUCUGUAACUACUUAGAGAGGAGACGUUAGCUUGGCUGUUGCAGGAAAGGAAUAGCGACAAGUUAUCAGUCUGCCAACGCUAGCGAGGAGUAGUUGCUGAAUAUACUCGGCGUUAGCAAAUCCAACUAAUUAUUUGUUAAUGAUUUUAAAUAUUAGUAUUUAUAGCAUGUGUUAUUAAAUACAAUGUACAAGAGAAUAAAUUCAGAAGAUAAUUUCCCUAAAGGAAAUAGUUCUCAACCCCUGACCAUCCGUCAUGGCGUUGCAACCCUUGAAACUCAGGAGCGUUCGUGGUUCUCCGUGGUUUCAAGGCCGGCAUGGUCUGUUCUUCAGAAGUACUUACCCGGGUUGUCGCAGACAUUUCCUUUUGCGGACUGGGGCAGCGAACAAUGCAAGGCAAACUUAGAUACUAGAAAUUCUCUAAUGGGUCAACUCGAUGACAUUUUGCCAACUACUAAUCACCCCCCUCACUUCAACGUAACAUACGUACACUUUCGGCACGGAAACGCAGAGUUUGUGCCUUCCAGUGGUCCAGAGUCGCUAAGUUUUAUAACCUCAGACUCCCUCGGAGAAUUAGGGAUUCAAAACACUGAUGUUAAAGAGUUAAAAGUCCGACAGCAACAACCGGUAGGAUAUUUUACGUCGGCAAGAAAUUUUCUCAGUCAGUUUUUAUUCAACGUAGUCUCACCUCAGGAAAUAAAGCGCGCUGAGCACGUUAAAGUUCAUGUUGGAGACGUUUGGUCCACGGGUGUGGUGGCCACUCGCCCCACGAAUAACUUGGGCGAGUUUUUGGGGGCUGACGAUAGCGUUCAACACUUACUUUCCAAUUUAUCGCGGACUACCGACGCAACUGAUGGUAAAUCGCAACAUUGUGGAGACUAUCACAGCAGCGACCAUUGUCAGCCACCCCAGUGUAGCGCAGCGGCUGCUGUUGCCAAGCCAACAGAACUAUUUGUACAUGGCGAUGACAGGGGUUCAAUGCACAACGAAAGCUCUGGAUUUCCGUGUCACAAAGAGUCGACUGACAAUGAGAGCCUUCACAUGCCCAGGCCACAAUCCCUCCCUAACUCAGACCAGCUCCCGCUGGACCAGUGUAGCACUUACGACCCCCUUCUCAGUGCUAGAACUGCCAUCGCCUGCAGUGAGGUGGCAGUUCUGACCCCAGACCAGGAUAAUGGCUACUCUAGUUUGGAAGAAGAACAUCCAAACUCUAGGUUGCAUAAAAUGAGGUUUCUGUCUGAGGGGCCAGAGAUGUUAGAAAUAGACAGACCUAUUGUCUCUCAAGGAGAGUCAACAGGGUGUGAAACUGGGAGGGAAGGAAGUUUAGAGCACGCUGAGGGUCUCUGUUCUGAAACAGAGAGGCAACAGGAACAGGAAGAAUCUAAAGAGGAAGCUGAAGAAUCAGCAGCUCCAGAACAGGCAGAACCUUUGCCCCACCUUUCCAUCCCGCAAUGUCAGAACAAAGCCAUUGCUUACAUCAUGGGUCGUCCCGUCAGUGGGGAGUCAGAAUCAGAGGAGAAGUCAGAGGAUGACAGUGACUGGGAUAGUGAUGAUGAUGAUGAUGAUGAUGGCUUUGACAGUGAGGGAUCAUCCCAUUCCUCUGAUUCAGAGGACCUGGAUGACAGUGACAGUGAGGACGGUGAGAGAGAUUCAGAUACCGAAGAAGCUGACUCUGAAACAGAGAGGCUGUGGAAUUCUCUGUGCCAAAACAGGGACCCCUACAACCCCCGAAACUUCACCGCACCUAUCCGGACAGCCCCAAGGUCCACUGGUGCAGCAGAGGCUCUUGUCUCUGUUUCCCCAGCAGACUGUGCACCCUCUCCUUUCUCUUCUUCCCCAUCCUCCCCUUCACCUCUGCUCUCACUAGAGGAUGAGUCAGGGGAAGAAGCCUGUGGGGUAAAUGAGGCAGAAAAUUUGAGGCUGUGGAACUCUUUCAGCUGCACAGCUGAUCCUUACAGCCUCUUCCAUUUUCAGGCCCCCCUUAGGACUCGAGAGACAGCCAGGGGGCGCAACAAGAAGGAGUUGCCUCCUGAUUUGCCUCGCUACAAGAGAGAAGAGGCAGAGGAGAGGUUGGACAGUGGUUUCUCAGAGUUGGCUCCCUCUCUAGGCAAGACAGAUGUCAAGUGUACCAGGCUCAAAAAGGUGAGAUUUUUGGAGGAGGUAGAGGAGUUCUAUGCCAGCAGUGAUGAAGACCGACGUGGCCCUUGGGAGGAAUUUGCGCGUGAUCGCUGCAGAUUCCAGCGACGCAUUCAAGAGGUUGAGGAGACCAUCAGCUUCUGCCUUGAUCCUUCCUUCCGCCUGGUCGUGUUUCAGAGACUCAGUCACAGUAGCUGAGUUUGUUUAUUAGUCCCCACAUUUGUUUGCUGUUGUUUGGUUGAAUCUAACUGCAAAGAGAAAUGAGGAAAAGAAAAAAAAAAGAAGUAUCUAACUCUGUGGUUUAAUUCAGGGUGGUAAAAGGCCAGAAAUGAACUGGUAUUCAUAAGGCUUAAGGGCUCAUUAGUCAUAACCCAAGGAGUUCCCACCAGGGAUAGUCACUGCACUUGUGUCACAAGCUUCUAAAGCAAAAUGUUCUGUGCUGUAUUGUGUUUCGCUCCUCAGAUAUUUGAAGCAUCUUCCUUAUCUUGUCACAGCCACUUUCACACUGGUCUAUUUUGGACUCCCCUCAAUGGAACAUCAAGCUGAAAACAACCAUGAUAUCAUUCAAAUUUGCUUUCAUUAUCUGCUUGUUUUUAUUUAAUGUCCGCAUUGAGAGUAGUAAGCGAAAGCAAAACUAUUUCCUGUAUUAUUGUGUUGGUCUACACAAAAACAGGCCCUUGUUUCAAGGUGACAAGCUGAAAGUGUGACACACACAUGCACUAAUUGUGCUUAAUUGGGAAUAGAGAUUAAAAUGCUUCUGUUCUCUUUAAAUCUUUGAACUGUAUUGUGCAAAAGUAUUUAAUACUAAUGUGUGUUGUGUUAGCUUAGCGUUCCCCAUUGCCUUCAUCUGCCAGGACUUCAUUGUAAGAUUCUCCUGUAUUAACCGCAAAGCCAAAGAUAAUAUGCCUCAACUUUGAUCAAGAACACAUAGUUAAAGUCCAGUGUUUGGAGAGUUGACCAGACAUCAAAACACUCUUUAACAGGUAAAGCUCGGAAUACAAACACACUGAACGUGGUGAUAUUUACAGCCAGUACUAAGCAAAUCUCAUGUCAGUAUCUAUUCCUGUACCAGAGAAAAGGCUUAUGGGCGAGGGUCUUAGAGCAGAGUAUUUGCAUGAUCCUCAUCCUUCUGUAUUUAAAAACUGGCCAAACCAUUUGACUUUACAGUGUGUGAAAUUCAGUGUGGUGUAUUUCAUGUUGAUAGGGGGUUGUUUCUCUGUACUUUGAACUGUGGCAGCUGUGACCAAGUGAGUGAAAUCGUCUGUUUGACCAUAGGUGAAAUACAGGGACAGAUUGCAUGUUUUUGAAUUAAAUCACUAAGAAUAUAUGCUUAUGUCAAAGCAUAAAGCAAAUUGAGUUUUUGGAUCAGUCUAGUAACAGAUAAUUAUUUUAUUUUUGUAAAACAUGAGUAUAGUUAUACUGCAUCUCUUGGGGAUUUGUGACAUGCACAUGGAUCAAAAUAAAUUUU